UCGAUCAUUAAAAAUAUAGAUUAAGAAUCCUUGUUCCGCCUCAGUAGCAGAUGACGUUAUGGCAUAGACCCUAAGUGAUUUCAAAAGUCAUGAACGAGCCGAACGAACAAUCUCGAUCUGUUUCUGAAGAAGAAAUAUAUUUUGUCACACUAAAUAGAUACAGAGGAAACAUUUAAUUAAAUUGGUUAAAAUAUUGAUUGUUUAAAUAUCUGUUUUAAGAUAAAAGCUGGGUUGAUGAUGUGCAAGUAAUUGCAGGCUAACGACGUAAAUGCAAUAUGAAAAAUAUUUGAACAUUUAUUUUGUAUUGCAGGUUCUUACUGUAUAUUUUGGUAUUUUGAUGAAACAAGGGGUAGAUUUUUAGCAGUGAAACAGCAGAGUUCUUCUUGUGUGAAGUUAUGGGGGAUCAUAAUUCAGUGAACACUGACUCUACUCGUGAAUGUUAAAAUGCCUCGAACAUACAAAAGAGUUGGAUUGGUUCCUCCACCAUCUAACGAGAACCUUAAAAAAGCACUGGAUGACAUUCUCUCUGGCAAAUUUAGCAUUAACCAGACGGCCAAAAAUCAUGGAUUAUCCAAAACAACAUUGGCUAGAUAUGCAAAACUACAUCAAGGAUGUGGAUUCAUUUUACCUUUACAAGUCAAACGUCCUCAGUUUCAUCUCCAGAUCCUGUCAUCAGAAAUGGAACGCGAGCUAUCCGAAUACUUGCUCACUUGUUCGCUAUUCAACCAUGGAUUAACUACUAUCGAUACCAGAAAAAUUGCAUUUUCGUUUGCUGUUGCAAAUUCAUUGAAAACUCUAGCCAAUUGGCACAUCAAUGGAAUGGCAUCAAAGGACUGGUUAUCUGGUUUUACGAAGCGAAACCAACAUAUAUCCAUCAGGAAACCAGAAUCAACGAGCCAAGCAAGAGCAUGUGGUUUCAACAAACCAGUUGUUUCAGGCUUUUAUGAUCAAUUAUUUAAUGUGCAUGACAAAUACCAAUUUUCUGCAGAUCGAGUAUUUAAUUGCGACGAGACUAGCGAUACAACUGUCAUGGAUUCACCAAACGUGAUUGCACAAAAAGGAGCAAAACAGGUUCAACAGACAGUAUCCGCUGAACGUGGUGAGAAUGUGACGAUGUUAGCUUUCAUAAGUGCAGAUGGUAAAUCCAUACCUCCUGUGUUCAUCUUUCCCAGGAAAAAGUUAAAACCAGAAAUGCUCAAUUGUGGACCCGUUGGAUGCUUGGGUUUAUGUCAUCAAUCUGUUUUUUUUCCUGAUAACUCAUUUACUAUUUCAUCAAUUUAUCAAUUUCAUUUUCAUUAAUUAUGUAGGUUGGAUGACUGGAGAAAUUUUUUUAAAAUCUUUGCAGCAUUUCAAAAUGCAUGUAAAUUGCUCGAAGGAGAAACCUGUAUUACUAUUAUUGGAUAACCAUGCAAGCCACUUGGAUUACAGAGCAAUGCAAUUUGCAAAAGAAAAUGGGAUUAUUUUGUUAACAUUCCCUCCCCACUGUUCGCACGCUCUUCAACCGCUAGAUGUUUGGGGUGUCGGUAAAGUGCAGGGUGCAGGUGCAGGUUGGACGGGGGGUAAUCCUUGUCGGGUUGCAAGAGCAUUUCACAAUCGGGAAAAGCCGAACCAACCGUGGUUCUGUAACAGCGUGGAUCGUAAAUGUUUGCCUUCCGCCAUCCGUCGAACAAGUAUGAAUGCCCACCCUUGGGAUCCCCCCUCUGGCAUACUCCCAGUAGGGGAGACCGGGGCUAUGCGGGACAUGGGGCUAAAAUGUACAAGGGGAUUAAAAUAUGUACAAUUUGUUUUAAAAUGUAGAAAUAAAUAUAGCGUAUCUUAAAUAAUGUGUAAUUUAUCCUAUUAACUUUUUGUCUUGAAAUUCCGAUUAGCUUGUAGAUUUUUAUGGGAUAUUAAAAAAAAGGGAUUCGUCAAAAAUAUUUAGGACGUUUAGUUUUUUCUUUUAGAAAUACUUAUAUAAAUAUUUUUAUAAAAGUGAGAUACCUGUUUCAUAGGGUUUUUCUUCUAGUUUAAGGUGGUGUAUCUAGUUUUUUAAAAUGUGUUUUAAGUAUUCAAUAAUUUAGUUUAUUUGAAGUUGUUUGGAUUCGGGUAAAAUGGAACAUAGAAAACGGGGUAAAACAGGGCAUCUCAAUACCUCCUGUUUCUCAAUCUCAAUAUCUACGUUGGCUUUUUUACUAUUUUACUAGGGCCAGGGUUGUUACUAAACAGAAGUAAAAAAGUCACGUGUUCACAAGGGUGGAGCUAUAGCCAGAUAAACGACCACCCACCGACAAAAACAAGGGGAAAAGUUAAAAAAUAAAGGCAUCUAAACU